GUUUGGGCUUUCCAGUCUGGGCGGAGCGAGGCUGUGCAGGAAGUCGUGUGCAAGCAGCUGUACUUUCUCCGCCGGUGAUCAUGUUCCUUCUGCAGCGACAUAAAGCGGAGCUGCUCUGAACUCCGAACAGUUUCUCACUGUGAGCGAUGGCGGUUCUAGUGGAUCUGACCCACAGCUGCAGACCCGGAGCCUCCCUGCUGCAGGAGGCGGACUCGCAUGUCUUUCUGCUGUAUGGGACAGCCAGCCGACCUGGACCCGGCUGCUCGCUCCCGUCCGUCGGCUGCUCCGGGAGCGCGCACAUCCUGGACUCUGGAUCCAUGGCGGAGCGUCUUUACCGACUGAAGCGAACCUUGGAUGAACUGGACCUGAGCUCCAUCACAGUGCUGACCAGCUGCCGGGGCAGAGAGGUGCUGGUUCGGUAUCAGGAGAUGCUCUUUACCGCAGUUUAUAGCUUUGAUUACAGAGUGACGGACGAGCCUACCUGUUCGGAGUGCAGAGGCUCCGCCCACACGGACUCACCUGAGCCGGAAGUGUCCGCCUUCCUGCAGCAGCUGCCCGCUCUGAAGGGACACAUCAGGACCCUGAGGUCCACAUUGAUUCCAGACUGCUUUGGUCACGGCUUCAGCACCCGUUCAGGUGGAGUCUCCUACAUCCCAACCCUGUCCUCCUUAAAUCUCUUCUGCAGCAGUAAGAGGAGGGACCCAACGGCUGUUGUGGCAGAAAACAGGCGCCGGCUCGCCGUUCAUGCUGGGUUUCAUCCUCUUCCUCUACGUCUGGUCAAGGUGAACCAUGCCAACGACGUGCUGGUUCUGGGGAACCCGGAGCCAGAAAGCUACGACUCCAUGGUGACCAAUCAGAGAGGGGUUGUUCUGGCGGCUCCAGGAGCCGACUGCAUGCCCAUCCUGUUUGCUGAUCCAGUCAAGAAGGUCAUUGGGGCGGCUCAUGCAGGUUGGAGAGGGACUGUGAUGGGCGUUGCCCCAGCAACUGUAAGUGCCAUGGUAACACAUUUUGGUUGUCGGCACAGCGACAUUGUGGUGGCGGUGGGGCCAUCUGUGGGGGUGUGCUGCUUCGUGCUGGACAAAGAGCAGGCGGCAGACUUUAUCACCCUGCAUCCAGACUGCGUACCUGAUCCAGAGUCAGCCAAACCGCACGUGGACAUCCGCCUCGCCAACAGAGUUCUCCUGGAGAAAUGUGGCAUCCUCCCAGAGAACAUCCAUGAAAACAUGGUGGCGGACCGGCCCUCUGUGACGCCCUGUACCUCCUGCAAUCCAGACGACUUCUUCUCCCACGUCAGAGACGGGGUCAACUUUGGCACUCAAGUGGGCUUUUUGUGGAUCAAAGAGACCAAAGGACAGGAUGGAGAUCCAGGGAGUCAGACAAUCGGAAAGGAAGGAUCCUAAACAAACAAAAACACUGCAGCCGCAGUCUCCUUUGACUCUAACAUGAUGGAUUCAUGUUUCAGUAGCGAGUAAAGGGAAUCUGACUUUAUCCUUUGAAAACCUGCAGAGCAGGAAAACCCAGUAACCUUGGCCAGGCUUUGUUGCCAUGAAUUGUUGGUAACAUCAGAGCAGUUUGGCUUAGAAGGCUGCUUCUUCUGGUCUGAUUUUGAAUCUAACCACAGAAAACUUUACAGCUGCUUGUUGAACCAUUUUGCCAAAAAAUCCAAAUGAAGUUUUUUUUUUCUAGCCAUUAUUGUGGCUUAUAUUUAGAGUUUCCUUUGCCAGCAACAAGCAUAUAAAUGUGUCCCUCCAUUGUUUCAGUUUUCAUGAUUCUGAAAGCUUGCUGGUCCAGCGUCCAUCGCUCCACUUAGUUACUAUUACAGUUGUGUCGAAAAGUUCAACCUACUGACAUAUUGGCAUCUGCAGCUCUCUCACUGCUGCCUUAGGACGGAAAGUCACUAGAUCAUGUUAUCGCUUUCAAUUUGUCAUCAUCAUAUCCUCAAUUUGUGCAGGGUUUAUACAGGAAUGAGUAACUCUAAUUAAUGCUUUUUAAUGCACUUAGAAAUAAUUUUAAUGCCAUCAUCAAGUACCCAUGACUCUAUCUAUCUAUCUAUCUAUCUAUCUAUCUAUCUAUCUAUCUUUUAAAACCAGGGCAAAAUCCUUCGUCUUCUUCACCGUCUACAGGCUGCAGCCAUGUCCCGAAUUCCAUGUUUUCCAGCCACGUGCUUUUUCCCGUUCUCCAGCUUUUUCUCAGGCUCGUGCUUCUUUUCUGAACAUACAGGUUUACGAUCAACUGGAAGCACUUCCUUACAAACACCUGAAACUGUUAUAUCUGAUAUUGAUGUCAUUUUUAUGAACAAUUGUUUUUUUAAAUAAAGUAUUUUAAAUGCCA